GCAGAGGUGGCCGGGAAGCUCGGGCGUGCGGCCGCAGGGAAGCGGACUAGCUGUGCUAUGUAGUUCACUUAGUACCGUUCUCACCUGCUGCAGCGAAUCCGGCUUCCGGCCGGGGCUAGCCCUGUCCCUGGCGCUUAUAGGAACUUUCUCCGAAACACGCCCUUGGAGGGGCUGCUAUUAAAGCGGCUCUUGGUCCCAGAGCUUCUGCUGGAGGGGGAGAGACAGCGGCUCUAGCUCCAGCCCGCCGCAAGGAUGUCGCCUCCCGUGACUCCGCCCACCAAGAAGUGCAUCUGCCAGCUGUGCUCCUGCGGGCGCCACCAUUGCCCACAUCUUCCCACCAGGAUCUAUGAGAAGAGCGAGAAGCCAUGCUUCCUGUCGGAGUACGUGGAGCAAUACCCCCUGUAUCCCUACGCCCAUCCCAGAGACUCGUUCAAGCCCAAGGCAGAAUACCAGAAGCAGCCAGUGGCUGUGGAAGGAAUGACAACGUUCAAGAGAGAUUACGUACCUCAUGAAGUGUUGCCAGUGAAAUUCAAACCACCUGAAAAGUAUGUCAAGAGUGACGAGAACAUGGAUUUAAUCUCAAUAUAUAAACAAGACUACAACCCCUAUCCUAUCUGUCGAGUUCCUCCCUGCUUGCCCCGUGAGACUAACUACACCUCCAAUGUCAAGAUGGACACAAUACCUACUUACAAAGGUGAUUAUGUGCCAUGGAAUGAAUCAAAACGAGAGAUGAUUAAACCAGACAAUAAAUACCAUCCAUCAGAAGCAAAAUUUGACUACAGAACCACUGUCCAGGAUGAUUAUGUAUAUAAGGGACCAGUCGCCACUCACAGCUGCAAACCUCUGAAUCCAGCCCACAUGACCAAGGCACCUUUGGAGGACCUGACAAAUUAUAAAUUGAAUUAUGUACCACAUCCCUUGGAGAAACGCUUUGUCCAUGAGUAUGAGAAGUAUAAACCCACUGAAACCCCAUUUGAUGGCCUCACCACCCACAAACAAUCAUACAAGGGUCUGGCUGGCCCGCCUGCCAAGAUAGUGAAACCGUACCAGUCAAUGCCAACCCACGAUCUCCCAUUUUCCUCUUCCACAGAGUUUCGGGAAAAAUACCAAGCUUGGCCACAGCACCCCAUGUUCACCAGAAAACCUGAUGUGUAUGUGCCCCCCGUAGAGAAAAUGGACCUUCAGACAACUACUCAGACUCAUUACACAUACCCUAAGGGACAGCCAGCCAAGGCAUGUCGGCCCUUGGGCCAUGUUCAGAAAACCACUGCACCCUUUGACAGCUGCUCCACCAUGAAGGAUGAUUACAAGCCAUGGCAUGGUAAGAAAGCAAAACCCAUCAUACCUGUCUCAGAACUUACUUUGCCAGCAGAACCAAUGGAGAACCUGACCACCUUUCGGGCCCAUUACGUGCCUCACCCCCCCACUUUAACUAAGAGCUUUAAGCCAGGUUGGUCAGCUGCACGGCCUAACAUGCCACUCGAUGCAGAAACCACCUAUGCCACCAGCUACACACCGAAGGAAAUUGUCAAAUGCCUUGCCUCCUACAAGGAACCCCCAGGCUAUGUGCUUCAAGAAAUCGAUGCUGUCGGUCACAAGUUCUACCGCCCUGUUUCAGAGGCUGAACGCCCAAUGAGUUCAAAGAGUAAAGAGCGAAGAAGCAGCUUUUCUGGGAAUGGACUAUACCUACCUGGCCCAAAGGAACUACCAAUGACAGCCUGA